CCGGAUCUUUCUUCUCCUUCCCUCUGUCUGCACAGAUCACCUUCCCAAAGGGAGCCUGCAGCUAAAGCGUCACCUUUUCAAGUUCGGCAGCCACUGCACACAGGAGGGGAAAGAGCUGGGACCGCACUUGCCACCUCCUGUCUUCUUGAUCCUGGGUAAACCCUUGCCUGUGACAGUGUAUUUGCCAACAUGGCGCCCAAAAAGAAGACAGUCAAAAAGAACAAAGCCGAUAUCAAUGAGAUGACUAUCAUCGUAGAAGACAGUCCCCUCAGCAAAUUGAAUGCUCUGAAUGGGCUCCUAGAGGGAGGCAAUGGCCUUAGCUGCAUCUCUUCAGAAUUGACAGAUGCUUCGUAUGGCCCCAACCUCCUGGAAGGCUUGAGUAAAAUGCGGCAGGAAAACUUCCUGUGUGACUUAGUCAUCGGUACCAAAACCAAAUCCUUUGAUGUUCACAAGUCGGUGAUGGCUUCAUGCAGUGAGUACUUUUACAACAUCCUAAAGAAAGACCCAUCAAUCAGCAGGGUGGAUCUCAAUGAUAUCUCCCCACUGGGCCUGGCCACCAUCAUUGUGUACGCCUACACAGGCAAGCUGACUCUGUCCUUGUACACCAUCGGAAGCAUCCUUUCUGCUGCUGUGUACCUUCAGAUCCACACACUCGUAAAGAUGUGCAGUGAUUUUCUAAUCCGGGAGAUAAGUGUUGAGAACUGUAUGUAUGUGGUUAACAUCGCUGAGACAUAUUCCCUGAAAAAUGCAAAAGCAGCAGCCCAAAAAUUCAUCCGGGACAACUUCCUUGAAUUUUCAGAGUCAGAUCAAUUUAUGAAACUUACAUUUGAACAAAUUAAUGAACUUCUCAUGGAUGAUGAUCUACAGUUGCCUUCUGAGGUAGUAGCAUUCCAGAUAGCAAUGAGAUGGUUAGAAUUUGACCAAAAGAGAGUGAAACAUGCUGCAGAUCUUUUGAGCAAUAUUCGUUUUGGCACCAUCUCCGCACAAGACCUGGUCAACUGUGUUCAGUCUGUCCCAAGAAUGAUGCAAGAUGCUGAUUGUCACAAACUCCUCGUAGAUGCUAUGAACUACCACUUACUUCCCUAUCAUCAGAACACGCUGCAGUCUAGGCGAACAAGAAUCCGGGGGGGCUGUCGAGUCCUGGUCACUAUUGGAGGGCGCCCAGGCCUUACUGAGAAGUCCCUGAGUAGAGAUGUUUUGUACAGAGACCCUGAAAAUGGAUGGAACAAACUUACAGAAAUGCCAGCCAAGAGUUUUAACCAGUGUGUUGCUGUGAUGGAUGGAUUUCUUUACGUAGCCGGUGGUGAAGACCAGAAUGAUGCAAGAAACCAAGCUAAGCAUGCGGUCAGCAAUUUCUGCAGGUAACUGAUCUUUUAUAGGAAACAGAAAUUGUUCAAUAUUUGGGGAGAAAUUGCCAUGACAUAGAAAUAAAUUAAUUGCACCUAUUAGCUUAAUUAACUGGCUCAGCAAAUCAAUAGCAAUGCCGCCUUA